CAGCCGGCGCCUAUUCACUGCCGAGCUCGGGUGGGCCCGGCCGCCUUCCGCCGUCCCGCCGUUACCCUGGCAACGGCGCCGUCGGCGGAGCGAGGAGCCCGGGCCCGGCGGCAGGAUGAUGCUCUCCCGGGCCAAGCCGGCCGUGCGGGGUGCCCCACCGCCGAUGGACAGGCGGAGGAAGAAAGGGAAGAAGGUGCCGCAGCUGGAAGAGCUCCUGGCCCUGAGGGACUUCACCGGCGCCAUCGCCUUGCUGGAGUUUAAACGGCACGUGGGUGAACAGGAGGAGGAUGCUGACCUUUGGAUCGGAUACUCUGCCUUUCAUUUGGGUGACUACAAGAGAGCGCUGGAGGAAUAUGAGGCCUUAACCAAACAACCAGCUUGCAAUCCAGAUGUGUGGGUGAACCUUGCCUGUACAUACUUCUUUCUGGGAAUGUAUACUCAAGCUGAACAAGCAGCCUUGAAAGCACCUAAGAGUCGUCUCCAGAACCGUUUACUCUUUCACCUGGCACAUAAGUUCAGUGAUGAGAAGAAACUGAUGAGCUCUCACCAGAAUCUGCAAGACGUUACAGAAGAUCAGCUUAGCUUGGCAUCUAUCCACUACAUGCGGUCCCACUACCAAGAAGCUAUUGAUAUCUACAAACGCAUUCUUCUUGAUAAUCGGGAAUACCUGGCUCUGAAUGUAUAUGUGGCCCUAUGCUAUUACAAACUGGAUUACUAUGAUGUAUCACAGGAAGUGCUAGCUGUUUAUCUUCAGCAAGUUCCUGACAGCACCAUUGCUCUUAACCUUAAGGCUUGUAACCAUUUCCGACUUUACAAUGGGAAGGCUGCUGAGGCAGAGCUCAAGAACUUAACAGACAGCGCCUCACCGUCUUUUGAGUUUGGCAAGGAGCUCAUUAAGCACAACCUGGUGGUGUUCCGAGGAGGAGAAGGGGCUUUGCAGAUCCUGCCUCCCCUGGUUGAUGUUAUUCCUGAGGCAAGACUGAAUCUUGUGAUUUACUAUCUCCGGCAAGAUGAUGUGCAGGAGGCUUAUAACCUGAUUAAGGACCUGGAACCUACAGCUCCACAGGAGUACAUCCUCAAAGGAGUGGUAAAUGCAGCACUUGGACAAGAAAUGGGCUCGAGAGAUCAUCUGAAAAUUGCUCAGCAGUUCUUCCAGUUGGUGGGUGAAUCAGCCAGCGAAUGUGAUACCAUUCCAGGCAGACAGUGCAUGUCCUCCUGCUUCUUUCUUCUUAGACAGUUUGCUAAUGUCCUGAUUUACCUCAACUCAGUCAAGAGUUACUUCUACAAUGAUGACACUUUUAACUUCAACUACGCCCAAGCCAAAGCUGCCAUGGGCAAUUUUAGUGAGGCUGAAGAGGUGUUCCUUUUGAUCCAGAGUGAGAAGAUAAAGAAUGAUUUUGUUUACCUUAGCUGGCUAGCUCGCUGCUAUAUUAUGAAUAAGAAACCACAGUUGGCCUGGAAGCUCUAUCUGAAGAUGGAGACCUCAGGGGAGUCCUUUAACCUAUUGCAGCUCAUUGCAAAUGAUUGCUACAAAGUGCGACAGUUUUACUAUUCAGCCAAAGCGUUUGAUGUUCUGGAGAGACUGGACAGUAAUCCUGAAUACUGGGAAGGCAAGAGAGGUGCCUGUGUGGGUGUCUUUCAAAUGAUCUUAGCUGGCCGAGAAGCGAAAGAGACUCUACGGGAAGUACUGCAUCUUCUGAAGAGCACUGGUAAUUCUCAAGUAGAAUACAUUGUCCGCAUCAUGAAAAAGUGGGCCAAGGAGAACAGAGUCCCUGUUUAAGUCAGUGCCACAAAAUGAACUGGGACUUGAGGCGAUCAAGCAGGUUGAACCAGCUGAGCAACAGCGUAGUGCAGUGAGAUUGCAAAACAUUCAGCAAGUUGGUGUUUUGUUAUUAAAGCUUUAUUGGUACUUUUUCUGUUGCACCACUCUCUAUUCCUCAUUCAAAGUUUCAGGUUUUUAGUAGUAAUUCUAACCAUCUACAAGUCAAAGUGCUCCUCAGAUGUUGCCCAGAUUUCUCCACAUGAGUUACUGGGCUGCUUUGUGGUUUUUUUUUCAGCAAGCCUUCCAGCCUCUGGAGAAGAAUCAUUUGUGAAAUUACUGAGACAAAUCUACUUUAGUAAGUGAUGGAAUGUGGCAAGUAGAGAGGUUGAGCGUGACAACCAAAAGCCAGUACUAAGGUACCAGAUAAUACAUAAAGACUUCUAUAUAUUACCUGUCUGGGGUAAAAUACAAACUGUAUUCUGACCACUGUCCUUUUCUGGAUGAAUCUCAAUAAUUAAUACCUUCAUUUCUUAUUUUUGUCUAGAAGGAUUGCUUUCUCUCUUACCAUCUUUUUCAGAGCAUGGAGAUUUGACUGUGACUGUAUUGUUCAAUCUUGCUUUUGAGGGUUGACACUCAAAACAUUUAUUCAUGUUAAUAUAAUUCAUUCGACUAACCCAUUUAGUUAGCAGUCUGAUGGAUAAAAGAACUGGGUGUUUUGAAUCAUUUUCUUCAUCAUUUACCACCCUCAUCAGCAAUAUAUUUAUUAUACUUUUGGAUUCAUUAUACUCUCCUGUGUUUUUUUAAGGAGAACAGUUUAGGGAGUACAUAAUUCUAAAAGAAGGCAGCAGUUGUAACAUAGAAAUGUAUUAUACGUUUUGUAGUGAAAAACAUUUGCAUAUUAUUUGUAAAAGGAAAAUUUACAUUUUGUAAAUUUGUAAAAUACUUAUGAAGGGUUUUUUUAUCUUUUGGGGGAAACUCAGAAUACUGUAUUCUCUACUGUCUGUGCUUUGAUUAAAGCUCUUAAUUGAAUCUA